AUGUCUAUCGUAUCGAUCUCGGAUGGUGUAGGCUCCAACAUAAGCGAGAAAGAUCUACGGGCUUUCGCAGCCCAGCUUCACGUUGAGACUCUCGAUAAUAAAGACGUGGAGGACUACCUUACUCUGUUGCGGUCUCUUGAGACAGUUCUAAGAAGCAUCGACAAUGCGCCUGACUACAUUCCGCCAGAUUUGGUUCCUCAGAAGACGCUGGAAGCUCGCAAAUUUUGGAAACCAGCCACAGAAGAUAAUCCCUUUAACGGCUGGAGUCACCAAUGUGAUUUAAGAUCCGCGGUCCCGGCUAGCAACUUAUUGCGUGGACGUACCGUUGCCAUCAAGGACAACAUAGCUGUCGGAGGGCUUCCGACAACGCUUGGCAUGCCCCAGACAUUGUUCCAUCAGACAGACGGGUACCCCAUCUCCCCUACUGACGCAGUCGUGGUGUCGCGGAUUCUCAGAGCCGGCGGAAUCAUCACAGGGAUGUCGACUUGCGAAAGCUUUUGUGCGUCUCCCCUGUCCUUCACCUCGGCGACAGGGCCAGUUCAUAACCCGCUCUUGCACAACUACACCGCUGGUGGAAGCAGUAGUGGUUCUGCAGUUCUAGUUGCGGCUCAUCGCCUGGCAUCAAAAAGGGGCAACUCGUCGACGGGUCACACUGUGGAGUUGUCUAUCGGCACCGACCAGGCUGGGUCAGUGCGAAUCCCGGCCUCUUACAACGGUCUCUACGGGUUGAAGCCAACCUUUGGACUAGUUCCGUACACUGGUGCAGGGUCAAUGUCGCCCAUGAUCGAUCACCUGGGCCCGCUGGCGGCGGAGCUUGAAGAUGUCGCCGCGCUGUUGGAGGUCAUGGCAGGCUACGAUGGCUACGACCCUCGGAUGACCCCUGAAACUCCCUUAGUACAUCAAGUAAAGCCUUACCUGAACCUACUGCUCCAGAUGAGACAAGAGAUUCGGUCUACAUUGAGACCUGGUCACAAGCUGAGGGUUGGCGUUCUGAAGGAAUCCUUCCACAUGCCCGGGGUUGCUGCCGACGUUCGAGACAUUGUCUACCAAGCAGCAACGAGAUACUUCGAAGCUGUCGGGGCCUCUGUCGUCGAGGUAUCUGUUCCAAUGCAUCAACAAGGUCCAGCAAUCUGGACAGCAGCAACCCGGCCGUCCAUGUCCAGUUACCUGUGCCAGGGAAACCCCUCUGGUCACCUAUCUUUCCUUUCGCCGCAUACGCAGAUCAAAUGGCCUAUGUCCCAGGAGACAUACGACGCGCUGACAUGCAGCAACCCAGCUGUAGUCAACAUCAUGCUGAGUGAGAAGUUUGCUAGGGAGUCGUGCAAGGGAGGGCUGGAGGCAAAGGCCCAUCGCCUGGUUUUUGCGCUUCGAGCUGCCUACGAUUCCGCCCUGGAGCGUGUUGAUAUUCUCGUCACGCCUUGUGCGCCUACAGUUGCGAUGCCUCACCCAGAUCUAAACGGUCCCGACGGGAGAAGGGCCUCGAUUCUAGAUAGACUUGGUGUCGCUGUUGGCUUGACCACCAACACUUGUCCCUUCAAUGUUACUGGCCACCCCGGGAUGAAUGUGCCUUGUGGGUUUUCCACGGCCGAAGGUCAUCCAGAUGUCCCGCUGCCCGUAGGUAUGCAGAUUGUUGCAAGGCGUUGGGCCGAUGAACAGCUCAUUGAAGCUGCGGCUUUGUUUGAACGGGGUCGAGAGAUAUUUGAGAGUGCGGUUGAUGGCAGCGAAUGA